CAACAGGAGCAACAACCUUAUAAUUACUAACGGAGUUGGGAUCAAAUUUCAUACGAGAGAGAUCGCCACAAUGGGCCGGCCAGCGGGAUCGGUAGGGAGGCCGCAGCUCAAAGCCGAGGAUCUCAUACGGAUCCAGACGCUGUCGCGGGACGCGCAGAUGGGCCCCACGCAAAUCUCCAAGAUCACCGGAUACUCUCUCCACCAAAUCAAGUACGCGCUGAAGAAGAAGACGCCGACGGUUGGCGUGCGCACCGGUCGGCCGAGGAAGGGUGAGCCUAGUCCGAGGAAGAAGAAAGAAGGAGCUAAGGAGGGAGGUAGUGGUACUACUAGUGCGGAGAGGCUGGGGGAGGAGGACGAGCCCAUGCAAGAUUCCAGUCUUGGUGAAAAAGCUGUCGAGCAGCAGCCGGCGUUAGUUGAGCAGCAGCUGAUUCAGCAUUUAGCUGACCACACCGCUGAACCGCCGCCGCCGCCGCCGCAGCCAGCAGCAGCAGCUCAGUCGAGCCAACCGCCAACCGCGGCGGGCCAGCCGGAGCAACAGCCCGGUGAGGUGCGGACCGAACCGGUUGCUCAGCAGUGAGCAACUUCUUGAGAUAUCUUUCUGGGUAAUUCUUGGAGUCCGCGCUGUGGAGGGUUUCCGUUCGGAGAUGAUGGUGUAUGGCACGUCCGUGGCAGCGUUUAUGUCCCACGAUGAGCUCGGCGUUUCAAUGAUUCCAGCAGGUCAAAAAAACAAUCAAUACCACAACAUUCAUCCAUUUCACCGCCCAUGGCCCCGAUGCGCUCUCAUAAACCGCUUGGAUUCCGGUAUUUCACCAUUGGUAAGGUAAGGUAGCCAUGAAACGAACACCAAGCGACAUCAUAAUCAGUUUUGUCCAG